GAAAACGGAACUGAAGCAGCUGCUCGGUUACUUACCCUGAGGUGGCAGCUGCUGGAGGAGACGCCUGGUGUGGACUAGAAGAGCCAGAGCUCCAGUAACCAGUGAAGAUGUGGAAGUCUGUAGUGGGGCAUGACGUUUCGGUUUCCGUGGAGACCCAGGGUGAUGACUGGGACACAGACCCCGACUUUGUGAAUGACAUCUCCGAGAAGGAGCAACGGUGGGGAGCCAAGACGGUUGAGGGCUCUGGACGCACAGAGCACAUCAACAUCCACCAGCUGAGGAACAAAGUGUCGGAGGAGCAUGACAUUCUCAAGAGGAGGGAGCUGGAGUCGGGGCCUAAAGCAUCCCAUGGCUACGGGGGUCGGUUUGGAGUGGAAAGGGAUCGGAUGGACAAGAGCGCCGUGGGCCACGAGUACGUUGCUGAUGUGGAGAAACACUCAUCUCAGACCGAUGCUGCUAGAGGCUUUGGGGGCAAAUAUGGAGUUGAGAGGGACCGGGCAGACAAGUCAGCAGUGGGCUUUGACUACAAAGGAGAAGUGGAAAAGCAUGCAUCUCAGAAAGAUUACUCUCACGGCUUUGGUGGCCGCUACGGGGUCGAGAAGGACAAACGGGACAAAGCAGCUCUGGGGUAUGACUACAAGGGAGAGACAGAGAAGCAUGAGUCUCAGCGAGAUUAUGCCAAGGGCUUUGGUGGCCAAUAUGGAAUCCAGAAAGACCGAGUGGAUAAGAGUGCUGUUGGCUUCAAUGAAAUGGAGGCCCCAACCACGGCGUAUAAGAAGACAACACCUGUAGAAGCUGCUUCCAGUGGUGCACGUGGGCUGAAGGCAAAAUUCGAGUCCAUGGCUGAGGAGAAGAGGAAGCGAGAGGAAGAAGAGAAGGCACAACAGAUGGCCAGGCAGCAGCAGGAGCGAAAGGCUGUGGUAAAGAUGAGCCGUGAGGCUCAGCAGCCGCCUGUACCUGUGGAAGCGCCAGCGGAGCCAGCCCAGUUGCGCAAGAUGAACACCACAGAGAUCUGGCCUCCCCAAGAGAGUUACAUACAGUCAGAGACUGAGCCUGAGAGGAACAGAAGGGAAUACCCUGUACCCUCUCUGCCCAUGAGGCAGUCUCCACCGCAGAAUCCCUUGGAGGACAAUGAGGAGCCCCCAGCUCUGCCCCCAAGGACCCCAGAAGGCCUCCAGGUAGUGGAAGAGCCAGUAUAUGAAGCAGCACCUGAGCCUGAGCUGGAGCCAGAGCCUGAGCCUGAGCCUGACUAUGAGGAUGUUGGGGAGUUUGAUCGGCAGGAUGAGGAAGCAGAGGGAGACUAUGAGGAUGUGCUGGAGCCUGAGGUCACCUCUUCUCUGUCCUACCAGGCUGGACACUCAGCCGAGACUGGUGGUGCAGGAAUCUCUGCUGUAGCCCUGUAUGAUUAUCAAGGAGAGGGAAGUGAUGAGCUUUCCUUUGAUCCUGAUGACAUCAUCACUGACAUUGAGAUGGUGGAUGAAGGCUGGUGGCGAGGCCGGUGCCGUGGCCACUUUGGACUCUUCCCUGCAAACUAUGUCAAGCUCCUCUAAGGACCAGCCUAUUGUCUUUUAACUCCCCCUGUGUUCCAAGCUGUGCUGUCUCCCUCUUCCCACUCCAUGGUACUGCUGCAAGGACCUGACUGAACUUCAUGGGAUGCCUGAAGUUCUGGCAAUCUGUCUCCUGCCUCUUUAAAGAGCUUUAGGUAGAACUGCUAGAGGCCAGGGCGUGGGGGGCUAGGGGAUUGAGGGGGGCAUCUGUGUCCACUCUUCCCUGGAGUAGCUUAUGAAAUCAUCUUGCAGUCCUGCUUCCUUCAGCCACACCCCAGCUCUGCUGUCCUCUCUCUAGAGUGCUGGGAUUCCUUCACCCCUUCCCUGGGGGCUAGCCUCGAGGGGAGGCUCUCACUGGAGUGUCUGAUUUACCCUGUUGUGCUUUUGCUUGUUUUUCUUCCCUUAGCAGACAAAUUGGAACUGCCCUUCUGUUUAGUCCUAAAACUGAAAAUAAAGUAAGACUGUGUACUGGGUUA